UUUCCCUUCCCACCAGCAUCAAUGGAUGGAUGAGGUAAUUCCAGACUGAGGAUUUAGUGUAGGCGGUUGCUCACUGUUCAACUGCUAAUAUAAAACACAGCAUGUAUCACUGGUAAACUGACAGAGAUCAGACCUGCUACAUCAGGACAGAAAUCAAUGGAAACACUGCCAGCUGAAACUGCCCUUGGGGAGUCAAUGGUAAAUAUGGGCUCGGAUGAGUCUGUGCUCAUACUCAUCAAACACUGCCAGGACAUGAAGCAACAGGAGACACGGCUCAGGCUCAUCACUCUGCUUCUGCUGCUCAGCUGUACGGCACUUGUGUUAAUUUUCAUCUGUGGCACUAAUUUAAGAUCACAUGAAAACUCUGCAUCCAGUGGGAGACAACUUGAACCAAGUCCAGCCUACUCUUUGCAAAAGAGAGUGUGUCCUGCAGAUCCUCCUAAUCCUCUAGCAAACUUCCAAAGACUGCACAUUCAUCUCAGGUCCUUGUAUACAAACGAAACCACGGAUGGACUAUACAUCAAAUGGAAUGCCAUGUUUGGUGAAAAAUACGACCAAGAGAGACGUGCCAUUGUGAUUCCCGAGGGAGGCUUCUAUUUUGUCUAUGUGAGGUUUGCUUUAAGAUGCCACGAACAGGAUAGAACUGUAAACACCAAAAGGUUCAUUGUAGAGCUGCACAAGUGGAAUAAAGGUUACCAGAAGACUGUAAUCCUGAUGGAUGCCUGGGAUGGUGUAUCAUGCACUUCAGAAGGCUCCAGGACCAUGUUCGUGGGACAGCUUUUUGAUUUGCUGGAAGGAGAUCAUGUGAGUGUGUGGAUUAGUGAGGGCUACAAACUAAUCACAAGAUCAUCAUUUGGUGCUUAUCGCACAUAGAGAGCAUGUCUGAAUAAUAAUAUGUAUAUUAAUAUUUAUAUUAAUAUUCAUAUUAUGGUGAAUGUUAAUAUUUUAUAAUAUUAAAUAACUAGGUUAUCUUAAUAAUAUUUAACAUAUGACCCCAAUUCCAAAAAAAGCAUACUAUGUAAAACAUAAACAUAAAGGAUAAUUUUCAUUGAUUUUUGUAAAUAUAUGCUAAUUCUGAUUAUGAUGCCUUCAGUGCAUUCCAAAAAAUUUGGGACAGGAACAACAAGAAACUGGGAAAGUUGUGUACUGAUCAAAAAAACAAACAAACAAAAAAAAAAACACCUGUUGGGAACAUUCCACAGGUAAACAGGUUCAUU